AUGAUUCAAGCCAAUGGCCAUCGUCUUGAAACAGUGAUAGACAUAAAGAAACCCGUGAGUUUCACUGGGGGUCUUGCGUUUGAGUGCCUUACGUACACAGUAACAAAAAGGAAGAAGGUUGAGAAUAAGUGGUCAAAAGAAGAGGUGGACUUGUUGCAUGAUAUCACUGGCUAUGCACCAAAGGGUUGCAUCACUGCAGUGAUGGGUCCUAGCGGUGCAGGAAAGUCCACUCUUUUGGAUGGACUUGCUGGGAGAAUUGCAAGUGGGAGCCUUAAAGGGAGGGUGUCUUUGGAUGGAACAACAGUGAGUGCAAGUUUGAUCAAAAGAACUUCAGCAUAUAUAAUGCAAGAAGAUAGGCUUUUCCCAAUGCUUACUGUCUAUGAGACUUUGAUGUUUGCUGCUGAUUUUCGCCUUGGCCCGCUUUCACUUUCUGAUAAGAAGCAGAGGGUCGAGAAGCUUAUUGAGCAGCUUGGCUUAUCAUCAUCUCGAAACACGUACAUAGGAGACGAAGGGACAAGAGGACUGUCAGGUGGAGAGCGUCGAAGGGUCUCAAUAGGGGUAGACAUAAUCCAUGGCCCUUCCCUUCUCUUUCUAGACGAACCAACCUCAGGCUUAGACUCAACAAGUGCUCACAGCGUCAUAGAAAAAGUGCACCACAUUGCACGUAGUGGCAGCACCGUAAUUCUCACCAUCCACCAACCCUCAUCAAGAAUCCAAUUGCUUCUCGACCACCUUAUCAUCCUCGCAAGAGGCCAACUCAUGUUCCAAGGUUCUCCCAAAGACGUGUCACUCCACUUGGCUCGCAUGUCACUCAAAGUCCCCAAAGGAGAGAACCCCAUUGAGCAUCUUAUUGAUGUGAUUCAAGAGUAUGAUCAACGUUGUGAUGUUGGUGUUGAGGCUCUUGCUGAGUUUGCACGCACUGGGGUCAAACCUCCUCCUUUGUCUCAUUUGGAGCAAGUGUCACUCUCUUCUAUUGCACCUUCUCACUCUCAUCCAAGCCAUGUGUAUGAGGAUAACUCUCAUGACUUCUCUCGCGUGUCACAAGCGAGUAGACGAGUGUUAAAUGAUUUUGAUCAUAGCUUGAGAAGUCCAUAUAACACUUCUAUGUCGUGGAGCACUGGUAAUAGUGCAGCGUUUCUAAAAUUCACUCCUUCAAGACUUAAAAAUGAUCAGAAGGUCCGGAAUCCCGCAAGAAAUGCUUCCCCUGGGUACUACCAAUACUCAAGUGAAAUCAUGGCAGCUACUCCAACUCCACACAGCAGUGACUACACAGUGAAUGAGAACGAUUACCUAACUCCCCAAAAUGGCACAAAAGAACACCUUGGCUCAAAAUUUGCAAAUCCAUACUUAGUAGAGACUUGGAUCCUCAUGCGCCGUAACUUCAUUAACAUAAGGCGCACCCCUGAACUUUUUCUAUCAAGACUAAUGGUUCUCACUUUCAUGGGCUUCAUGAUGGCCACUUUGUUCCUUAGACCAAAAGAAUCUUUGCAAGGCAUCACAAACCGUCUCAGUUUCUUCAUCUUCACAGUGUGCCUCUUCUUCUUCUCUUCCAAUGAUGCUGUCCCAGCCUUCAUCCAAGAGAGGUUUAUUUUCAUAAGGGAAACUUCCCACAAUGCUUAUAGAGCUUCCUCUUAUACCAUAGCAAGCCUAAUCACUCACAUGCCAUUCAUUGCUCUUCAAGCAGCAGUGUAUGCAGUCAUUGUUUGGUUUGCUCUAGAGCUUCGAGGCCCUUUCACUUACUUUUUGCUUGUUCUCUUUGUUUCUCUUCUCUCAACCAAUUCAUUUGUUGUGUUUGUGAGCUCAGUGGUUCCAAACUACAUCUUGGGUUAUGCUGUGGUUAUCGCUUUCACUGCCUUGUUCUUCUUGUUCUGUGGAUACUUCUUGAGCAACCAUGACAUACCCACAUAUUGGCGUUGGAUGAACAAAGUUUCAACCAUGACAUACCCUUAUGAAGGGCUCUUGAUGAACCAGUACCAGACCAAUGAUAUCUUUGGGAAAGUUGGUGGUAUACCCAUUACCGGUUUUGAUAUCUUAAAAAGUCUUCACAUUGGAAUUGAUGAACAUAAGAAGAUGACAAAUGUGCUUAUAAUGUUUGGUUGGGCAGUGCUAUAUAGGAUUUUAUUUUACUUUGUCCUUCGUUUUGCAUCAAAAAAUCAGAGGUCGUAG